CUAGGAAACGUCUUUGUUCGUUCAUCAAAAAUUAAAAGGGAGGAAACAUGCUAGUUCUUGAAAAGCCUUCAUUCAUAUGCAUCAAAUCAAAAAUUCAAAUAAAAACAAACAAAAACACAGAGGACAGAAUUAGCUAAAGCAUCAACGAUUAAUAUCUUUCUCUUGCGUGGAAAUUUCAAAAGUCAAGGUCUUUGUGAUGUUGUGAUGCAUGCCAUGCCAUGAAAGACAGAAAUAGCUCAUGGCAGGAGCUUGUUUUAAUUGACCAAUCAAGCAGUUUGUAUUUUCUCUCGAUAUUUUGCCACAGAUAAUAACGGGUGGAAAAUUUUGAUUUUUCUUAACUUCGGACUCAAAUCAUCCAAAACGAUCCAUCUCAAAUUAAUUGUUGGCUGUGAUUUUCCGGUCACAAUUGACUCAGUAAGCAUUGACAUAAAUCUCAAUCCUCCAUUGCUUGAUACUUCUUUAGCUAUUUAGUUCUUCCUACAACUGUUUUUGCUGUCUGAGAAUUAAUGCAUGAACUCUCUCUCUCUCUCUCUCUCUCUCUCUCUCUCUCUCUCUCUCUCUCUCUCUCUCUCUCUGUGUAGCGUACAUCUUCUGCCAUGUUUGCCAAGCUUGUGAGUAUAUUAUCCUUCUACUUCAUCAUAGUUAGUGUAUUUGCAGCUGAAGAUCUGAGUUUCACCUACAAUGGAUUCAAGUCAGCAGACUUGCUUAACUUUGACGGCAUAGCAAAAGUCACUUCCAAUGGUAUUCUCAUGCUUACCAAUGAUACUAAACAGCAACAAGGCCAUGCCUUUUACACCACUCCACUAACCUUCAAGAACUCUAUGAAUAGCUCUGCUUUCUCCUUCUCUACCACCUUCGUCUUUGCUAUCAGAUCGGAAUUAUAUCAACCUCUGAGCGGCCAUGGAAUUGCUUUCGUGAUUGCUCCAAGAAGAGAGCUACCAGGUGCUGUUCCGAGUGAGUUUCUUGGCCUUUUCAAUCAAGCAACUAAUGGGAAGGGCAGCAAUCAGAUCGUCGCCGUCGAGCUUGAUACGGUAAACAACUAUAAAGAGUUCGGAGACAUCAAUGACAAUCACGUUGGGAUAGAUAUUAAUGGGCUGAGAUCUGUGACAUCUGCUCCAGCAGGAUAUCAUGCAGACGGUGGGUUUAGGAACUUGCCCCUCAUCAGUGGCAAAUCAAUGCAAGUUUGGGUCGAAUACGACGGUGAAAAUAAGCGAAUGGAUGUGAGUUUGGCUCCAGUCAAAGUUGGCAAACCUCGGAUUCCACUUCUGUCAUUGACUAAAGAUCUGUCCCCCAUUUUCAACAACAGCAUGUAUGUUGGCUUCUCAGCCUCCACUGGCUCUGUUCCAACCUCACAUUGUAUUCUGGGUUGGAGCUUCAAAAUGAAUGGCCUGCAGGCUCAAGAACUUGUCCUCUCUCAGCUUCCCAAGUUACCCAAAUUAGGAAGCAAGAAUAUUAGAUCAACAAUUUUAUUAGCUGGGUUGCCAUUGAUUUCUCUAACAAUACUUGCUCUAGCAAUUUUGGGUCUAGUUUAUGUCAUAAGAAGAAAGAGGAAAUUCAUGGACCUCGUUGAAGAUUGGGAGAUUGAAUAUGGACCUCAUAGAUAUAAAUACAAAGAUCUAUAUACUGCAACGAGGGGGUUUAAAGAUGAUGAGCUGUUGGGUGUUGGGGGUUUUGGUAGGGUCUAUAGAGGUGUAUUGCCAAUGACUAAAUCUGAGAUUGCUGUGAAAAGAGUCUCUCAUGAAUCGAAACAGGGGAUGAGAGAAUUUGUGGCGGAAAUAGUCAGUAUAGGGAGGCUUCGUCACCGGAAUUUGGUACCACUUUUGGGGUAUUGCCGGCGAAAAGGAGAGCUCCUAUUGGUCUAUGACUAUAUGCCAAAUGGUAGUCUAGACAAAUACAUCUAUGACCAACCAAAAACCACACUUAAUUGGACACAGAGAUACAGAAUCAUCAAGGGAGUAAGCUCGGGUUUGCUAUAUCUCCAUGAAGAAUGGGAACAAGUUGUGGUUCAUAGAGAUGUCAAGGCUAGUAAUGUACUCCUUGAUGCUGAAUUCAAUGGAAGAUUAGGAGAUUUUGGGCUUGCCAAACUAUAUGACCAUGGAACAGACCCUCAAACCACACAUAUCGUCGGAACACUUGGAUACCUUGCGCCAGAGAAUACGAGAACAGGCAAGGCAACGACCAGCAGUGAUGUGUUCGCUUUUGGAGCUUUUUUGCUUGAGGUUGCUUGUGGAAGAAGGCCAAUAGGGGCACGAAAUCCGUUGGAAUCGGAGGAGAUGAUUUUGGUGGAUCAAGUGUUUUCGUGGUGGAAAAAAGGUGAUAUUCUUGAAGCCAGAGAUCCAAAGUUGGGUUCGGAAUUUGUAGCAGAGCAAGUGGAGUUGGUGUUGAUGCUUGGCUUGUUGUGCUCUGUUUCAGAGCCUGCUUCUAGGCCAAGCAUGCGACAAGUCGUUCACUACUUGGAAGGAGAAAUGGCAUUGCCUAGUUUAGAGUUGCUUGCUGUUUGUUCGAAUGGCUUAGCAUUUGCUCACCAUGAAGGUUUCGAUGAUAUUGUUGCCACGCCUUCUCCUUUUUCUGUUGACCAAGCAUUCUGCUCGCAGAAAUCUUCUACUGCAGAUUGGCUUCUCUCAGAUAAUUGAUGAAUGAAUCAUCUAUUUAGCAACUUAGUCCAAAAAGUAGUUUUAGUAUAAAAAAUAUAAAAAAAAUAAAAAAUUAAUGUUGCUAAGCUAAUACUUCAAAAUAAGAAAAAUAAAUAUGUUGCUGAGCUUAGACUAAACUUGAUGCGUUGUAUAGAUUGUUGUAUAUAUGUGUAUAUAUAUAUAUAUAUAUAUUUAUGCUUGAUGUCUAGUAGGAAAGGAAUGGAUUAUUUUCAUUGUGAUUGUCAGAGGAAACAUUAAAUUUACUA